AAUAAUAAAAAUGUUUUAUUAUUAACGAUUUCGAAUGAUUAUGACUUAUUGCUUAAGAUUUGUAUUUCAAGAUGUUUAAAAAAAUUAUUUGGAUUAGUUCAAACAUUUUCCCAUAUAAUUAAAAGACAUAUACAAUCAUAUAAGAUGUUUUCAGCAUUGCGACGCUUUAGUCGCAAGCCAGAAGAAAAGGUUUUCCCAAGUGGAAUUGCUCCUGUAGAUCAACAAAUGCAAAAGAAGUAUGCCAAAGGUGUUCAAUAUAAUAUGAAAAUUAUUAUCAAAGGUGAUCGUAAUACUGGUAAAUCGGCUCUUUUACAUCGUCUAACUGGUUGUGAAUUCAAAGAAGAAUAUAUACCUACACAUGAGAUACAGGUUGCUAAUGUGAACUGGAACUAUCGAGGUGCAGAGGAUAUAGUAAAAGUAGAAGUGUGGGAUAUUGUCGAUAAAAGUCAAAAAAGAAAAAAUCCAUCUGACGGAUUGAAAAUUCAAAAUGAGGUUUGUGACAAUACUGCAAAUCCAGCUGAUAGUAUGGUGUUAGAUGCUGAGUUUAUCAACGUAUAUAAAGGAACACAUGGAGUGAUAAUAAUUUUAGAUAUUACAAAAGCAUGGACUUGGCAGUAUACUCAGAGAGAACUAGAUAAAAUACCUGCACAUAUAGCUGUUCUUAUACUGGCUAACUUUCAAGACAUGCGUGAGCACAAAGUUGUACAAACGGAAGAAAUCAUUUCUUUUAUUGAACACUAUGAAAGACCAAGCGGCUCCGCUGAGAUUUAUUUCUGUGAAUGUUCUGUAAAAGAAGGAUUUGGUUUGUCUUUUAUCUAUAAGUUCCUCAACAUGCCGUUUUUAAUUCUUCAGAGAGAGACAUUAUUGCGUCAACUUGAAGCAAAUACACUUGAGAUAGAGGAAAGCAGAGAAACUUUAAGCAUUGAUUCUUCAUCUCCUGAGCAGUGUUAUGAAAAAUUCAAGUUAUUACAGAAGGCUCCUGAAACAAUGGGUUCAAAACAUGUUUCUUCUCAUGAUUUGAGGAUUGUCAAUGAAAAUGAAGGCAAUGAAGGAAACAAAGAUGAUGUAGUUACAAUUAAAGCUCAAGAAGCUCUCAACUUAAACCCUAUUAAACAAUUACCUUUAGCACAAGUGACUCCACCAGCUCUCAACAUAAACCCAAUUAAGCAAUUACCUGUGGCACAAGUGACUCCACCAGUUGAAUCUACCAAGCCAAUAACAGAUAAAAAUAAUGCAGAAACAUUGAAGCCUAGUCGUUUUCAACUUUAUAAGUCAAAGUUUUUUGGUGGUGAGGUAGAGACCAAAGAUAUGUUUAAAAAUCAACAAGAAGUAAACAAUGUUGAUGAAUUUGUCCCUGAUCAAUUAGAUAGUGAUUUUUUAAACACUUCGAUAGUCAUAGCAACAGCACCAUCAAAUAGAAAAGAAAAUUUUUUAACGAGCAACAGUAUUAGUGAUGAUGAUGAUAUUUGCGAUGGAAAGCCUACCAUAGCCUCUUAUGAGGAUCUGGAAUCUAAUCAUGAUGUUAGUUUUGAAAAAUCAGAUUCAGAGGAAGAAUUUGAUGAAUUAAGUGACAGCGAAAGACCUGUAUUAAAAACAUCUGAGCAUUCUAUUUUUCAAGUAAAACCAAGCAAAAAUAACGAUUCAAAUGUAAAUAAUGAUAUAAUCAAGCAUAAUGGUACUAACAAAUAUAAUGACACUAAAAAAAAUGACACAAGGGAGUAUAAUGGUGCCAACAAGCAUAAUGACAAUAAAAAGUAUGAUUCAAGUGAAUGCAAUGGUACAAAAAAAUAUAGUGAUAAUAAUAAAAAUGUUAGCAAAUAUGAAAAUAAAAAAAGUUUAUCGAAUGAGUUAGAUAUUCAAAGUGAUGAGGAUUCAACAAAAGAAUCUUUGAAUCUUCAAUCAAAUUGUCUACAAUCAAACCAAUCAAACAUAAGCAGUGAAGAAGAAAAUAAUGUGUAUGAAAUUGCAUCAGUUGUUGAAGAAGAUUGGAUGCAAGACAAAAGUGCAGACGAAAGUGACACUAAAGAUGAAAAAGAAAAAAAUAAGAAAAACAAUGAAAAAAUAAAAAAUACCAUGAAUGAUUCAAAGAAAAAUAGUACAGUAGUUGAAAAGAAAACAUCUAUCAACUUUGAUGUAGAUGAGCUAGAGAUUUUUAUGCAGAACCAAUUGCAAAAAACACCAUCUAAAGAUGCAUCUACAGAUGAAAUAAAAGUCAAGGAAAAAAAGAAAAAGAAAAAAACCUCAUUGACACAGGGAAGCGAAACAGCUGAAAAUGUUAAACGCAAGAAAAAGCUGAAAGCAACUGACUUACAAAAUCAAAUAACGGCAAAUAGUUCAGACAUAGGUAAAUCUAAAGAAGCAAAAAAUCAAAAUGUCACAAAGCAUACAAAAUCUUUAGAUGAAAAAAAGAAAAAAACGAAAUCCAAGGCCAAGCAGCCUGAAGAUACACUUGACAACUUUUUUGCCUCUUGAUUGAUAAAAGAUCUUGAUUGAUAAGAAAUUAUGUGUAACUAGUGAAUUUAUUUUUGAUAUAUCAAGAAAUUUA